GAAAGAAAGAAAUCUAUAUAACGCGUCCAAGUUAACAUCCAGUGCAAAUCUACCUUACCCUAAUCCCUGCACACAAGUUCACUUCGCCAUGGCGUCCACUAUCAUCUAUCGUCGUCAGUCUAUGGCGACUCUCUACGAGAAACUUCGCGCUCAAGACGGGGAAGAUCAUAUGGCUUGGCUUGCCGAAGUUACCGCCGAGUUCGACACAGAAGAACUUGUUCCUUCUGUCCCAAGUCCACCUUCAGUUAUUUCAUCUGGUUCAUCUUCAGCCUCCUCUUCACCUCAAAACUCAAUAACUUCUUUGGACUCUAAUGAUCAAUCUGAAGGCGAAUCCGACUCCGCCUCUGAUUCAGACUCGGAGAUCGAACACAUUGAUAAUCCAGAUGGGAUUCUCUUUCAGAGUUAUGACCCUAUCCAAUAUGACCCCUCAGACUUUCUGGCCCACAAUCUCCAUCCAGUCACGGAUCUCCCUUAUAUCCCUCCCGUCGAGCUCGACUAUAAUCCUCCCGUUGAGUUCGACUAUAAUCCUCCACUCAACUUCGAGUGCGACGCGGAGUCCCAAGCCGCGCUUACAAUGGAACCCACUCCCCCAUCUUUCUUUGUUCCCCAGCUGGCUCCGCAACCCAUGUUCCCUACAGUAAACAACUCCUUGCCAUUUAUGACGCGCUCCACUCGUUCCUUCCUCAAGCGUAACGUUUCUAUUGCGCUCCACGAUUUGGGGGAGGAUGCCGACGGACAGAGUGACGCAGACGAGACGGAUGACGAAUAUGUUCCGUCAUCUUCGCGUAAUCCGAAAAAACGUCGUCGCUCCACGCGUCAUUCCAGUGUGUCUUCCCAUGUCCCCACUUAUACCACGACCCAAUACGUAUCGCCUCCCGCAAAACGACUUCGCGCUGCCCCCCUCCCACGAAACGCGCAAGCCGUCCCUGGCAGUGCUCCCAACUUUGCAAACAAAUCUAACCCCUGGGCAUGUCCCUAUUGCAAGUGGGUUCAGCGCAAUCAUCGUACACCUGACCUUAAACGACAUAUCCGCACGCAUACGCGUUUCGAAAGACCUGCGCAGUGGGUCUGCUGCGGUAUACCAGCUGAAUCGGCUGCAUUGUACAACGUUCCGCACAACGCGACUCCCUACAUUCACAACGGCAAACAAAUGAUCGGAGGAUGCGGGAAGGAGUUCAGCAGGCGGGACGCGCUCAAGCGUCAUCUGGGCAACGACCAUAUCUCUUGUGUGGGAGAUAUCGACGCGUUCGCUAAUGUCUACGAUGAUUAAUUACGAACUUAUGAAAUGAUCGGCUUUGUGAUGGCUAUCAAGAUAAUCUGAUAGCAUUUUCUUACAUGUAUCAUCAAGUACCUUAUCAUACCCUGGACACAGCGCUUAUCUCUCUUAUAUAUGGAACUCAAGUGUCACCCUUCUACCCCAGCUACCAUUGAACCAUCUUUCUGUACAUUGCUUGUCGCAUUUUCUUAACUUCGUCAGGAUGCUGGUAUUGUUAUGUAUGUACUUCCCGUAGAACAACCAUCAAUCACUCUCCUACUAUAUGGUUGUCAGACAUUUUGACGUCAAGCACUAGUUCCAUUUUCUCCGUCAA